AUAGAAAUAUACAGAGCUACCGCAAAAACGGAAGUUCAAAGACAAUAUUAUAAAGAUGGCGGCGCGCUUGUUUCUCUGGUAAAUAAGGUCUAUUGGCUUCAAAAAUACUCUUCAGAAAUACAAUCGAUAAACGCUGCUGUUUAAAGUUGAUCGGAGAUGUUAAGUAGGUGGAUUACAGUUUAACACCCGGUUGCUCAUUUUUGACUCAAACGACGCGCCUUGAAAAUUUGUCAACAGAACUCCAAAGAACUAACCCUAACUGGAUAAGGAAAUUCCUAGAGCCGGUAAAACUCGGAGCAAGAUCUUGAAACCGGACAGUUCAAGAGACAAACUACAAUGCCAUUUUGGCAUGUACCAGUCAGGAACCCAUCAGGGAUCCACAGUUGUCUUCUAUUACUCUUUGCUAUAGCUACCUGUCUGAAUGGAUUAGUCCCUGAUGCGGUGAAAGUGAGGGAUACUGCGAUUAUCCCUUGCAACGAAACAUGUAAUCAGGAUAUUUUAUGGGAAUUUACAUCUAAAAAUGAAAAGUUGGUUGUCUUGCGAUGUGUUCAAGGGACUUGCACAGAAGGAGUCAGCUUUAAGAACAGAGUAAGCCUCUCUGAAAAGGCUGGAAAGCUGUCUCUAAAACUCUAUCCAGUGCUGUACAAUGAUGAAGGCUGGUACAAGGUCAUGUGCAAUUCAGAAUUUCUUUGUAGAUUUCACUUGGAAGUUUUUGUACCCACUACUGUGAACGCCACAAUCAGAGGCAAUGUCACACUGCCCUGCUAUGCACGUACAGAGAAACAGAUUGCUGAUAAUGCUGUGAACAUCUUAUGGAAAAAAGAUGACCAAAUGGUGUUACAAGUUAAAGAAGGAAUUACAAAAUAUGGUUUAAGUUUUACAGACAGGGCAUCAGUUUCACUACCUCAUUAUAAGGACGGAGAUCUUUCCCUUACCAUAUUCUGGGUCUACACAUCAGAUAAGGGAUUAUACCGGUGCUAUCACAGUACAGAAGAGGAACAUGGGCAUCCUGGUGCUGUCACUCUUAAUGUUCCAGCUCUUCAAAAGUUCUAUUCAAAGAAAUUUGGUGACAAUCUCACCCUUGACCUGUUCGGCUCAGACCCUGUGACGGUGUCUUACACCGGUUCAGCCGAGACCCUGGUUUGCAGUGUGACGGGAAACAACACUGUGUGUUCACCUGAAUACGCUAACAGAGUGUCUGUCAUCAAUAACUCCCUUGUGCUGAGCGGGUUGACAUCUUCUGACAGUGGUAUCUUUACUGUGAAAGAGAAAACGGGUGAAGUUAUUAGUAUCAACACUGUUACUGUGGAGGGUGUGACCCAGUGGUAUUACUACGUAGCUCUGUCUGUACUGACUGCAAUUGUUCUCAUUUGCAUUUGUCUGUUAAUUUGGUGUAAGUGUCAAAGAAAGUCACAAGCACCAGAUGCUCGAUCCUAUUAUAAUGCAACAGAGUCUACUGGUGUUAUAGAGCCACCAAGAGAGCCUGCAUGCAUCGGAUUGUCACAACAAGAAACCAGCCCAAAUAUUUCAGAGGAGUCUGACAUGUAUACACACACCCCCGUAGAGGAGACCACGCCUAUGAUGACCACUGAGAAGCAGGACAGCACUGAUAAGGAGGUGUGUGGAGUAAAUGUGUGGAAUACCUCUGGAAUAUGACUGGGAGAAACAAUGUCGCAUACUUUAAGGAAACUGAUAAAAUGCUUUAAUUUUCUGCUUCUAUACUGUAUGCUGUGAAAAAGAUGGCAUUACUUUUUAGGAUACUCUUGGGAUAACUGUGCCAAUGAACAACAUGUGAAACACAAAGAGAAAGGAAUGAUGUUUUUUUUAGCUCAGGAAUUCAGUGAAAGCUUGAACUGCCUUCCUCUAGACAAAUUUGCUAGACCACCUGUUACGACUGGAAUCUGAUAUGUCUGAUUAAUUCUAGUGUACAACAAAAUUUUCAAAAGAACUGUGAAACAUAUUUAUAGGUGAAGGUUACUAGAUCAAUGGAAAAAUAUAAUUAACACCAAAGAAACCGUGUGAACAGGAAAGCACACCAGUUUUUAGGGUUUUUAUAGUGGCUUGUAGUUAGCCACAGAAUGUACUUAACAUAUUUAAUUACAAAUCACUUAAUGGCCUUUUCCUGAUAAGUUUACAUGGCUGACAGACGUCUUAAGCCAUUAGGGUUGAGCCAGACAUGCUGGAACUGCACAUCUAUUACUCUGGCCAUAAUUGAACAAUCUCCCAGAUGAUGUCAGCCCACACUGCCUCUCAAGCAUUACUCUGCACUUUUUCUUGUUGCGCUUUGAUACAGUGCACUUUUUCUUGAAGUUUACUUGAAGUUUUUGAUGAAGGUGUUUGUGUUUUAUUAAUUUCUGUGGUCCAAAUUCACAUGAAAUGAAUGUUCUCUUGAUGAAUGUACCCAGACCAAUUCUUUAGUAUUCACUAGGUUUAUCACAAUGUGCGUGCUUUCUACUACUAUUUUCAAGUAGCUAUAUAUUUAGAAUAAAUGACUGCACCAAGGAGAGGGAAAUGGUUUCACUAAUAAUUUGUAUAUUUUGCACAAAUCAAUAAAUCGUUUUAAUUCUU